UGUUGAAAGUCAGAGGUGCGCGAGCGCCGAGCAGACAGUGAGUGAGUAAGGUGCUGCAGGUGCGGCGCGCGAGCUGAGCGAAGGAAUGUGCGUGAACUGAGCUGAACUUUGCGGGACUUUUUCCUUUAAUUUUUAUGACUUUUUGUGCAAAACGCGCACGGACUCAAUAAACUGUACUAUAAAGAGCUUUGGAACGAGAUGCAUGUGAGUUAGGAGCGCGCGCGCGCGAGCAAGCGAGCGAAUGGCACUCUUACACAGGAUGUAAGUUUUGAAUACGAGCGGACAGAGCGCGCGCAGUGCUGAUGGAGCGCGCGGAGGACUGUAAGGUGUCGGUGUGGGUGUGCCGCGAGGAGAAGCUCGUCUCCGGACUCUCGCGGCGCACGACGUGCGCGGACGUGGUGCGCGCGCUGUUAGAAGAGCAGCGCUCCGCGGCCCCACCGCGCUCCUACUGCAUCGUGGAGAAGUGGCGCGGCUACGAGCGCGCGUUGCCCGCGCGCACCCGCCUGCUGCGCCUAUGGACUGCUUGGGGCCGCGAACGCGAACACGUGCGCUUCGUGCUGGUCCGAAGCGACGCGUCCGUGCCGAGCGGAGGCGCGCGCAGCGCAGAGGCGCGCGUCGUGUCCAGCGCGGAGAGCCGGGAGCGCGCGCUGGAGAUGCUGAGCACGCCCGCGCCGCCGACGUGCUCGAGGGAGAGGCAGAGGCGCGUGGUGCGCAAAGCCUUCAGGAAGCUGGAGAGGAUGAAGCAGAACAGAGGAGGUGGAGAUGAAGGUGGGGAAGAGGAGGAUGAAGAGGGGGAUGAAGAUGGAGAUAUAGAAGGCAGGAAGAAGGGAAAUAGGCACGCGUCCCGGGUGGGAGCGGUGCUGUCCUCCUCCGCAGACAAGAUGGAGACCCUGGUGCAUCUGGUGGUGUCCCAGGACCACACCAUCCGCCAGCAGCUGGAGCGCAUCCGAGAGCUGGACGGCGAGAUCGACAGGUUCGAGGCCAAGGUGCAUCUGGAUCGUGUGCAGAGGCAUGGGGUCAACUACGUGCAGGACACGUACCUGGCUGAAUGCAGCCCGGAGCGGGACGAGGAAUCUGCAGCAGAGGCACAGGAGGAGGAGGAGGAGAAGGUUGAGCGAUUUGAGGAGUACACAGAACGCUGGGACGAGGUCAUCAAGCUUCAGGAGGAACUAGCAGAGAGGGAGGCCCUGCUGGAACAGAUCACAGGUGAAAUCGAAGAGGAGCUCAACCACAGGUGGAUGCGGCGGCGAAGAGAGGAGCUCAAGGAGCCAAAGGACAAACAGACAACAGACAUGAGCGAAGAGACGCCGGCGUCCCUGAGCGUAGGGACCGUCGUACCUCAGGAGGUAAAGGUGGAAACUCUCUCGGACAGUGAGGUUCAGCUGGAAGAGGAGAGAAUCAAAACCCAGCUGGACACAAGUCUGUACAUCGGCCUCCGCUUGAACACAGACCUAGAGUCUGUAAAAAGUGACCUGGACUUGAGUUCGGAGCUGUGGGAGGCUAAAGACAAAGAGCUGAGGGACCUUCUGGAAAAGGUGGACUUUCUGAACAAGGGGGACGAGGAUGAGGACACAGUAGACACCGAAUUCUCUCCUGUCGUCCAGCCUGUCGCUGAAAAGAGCGCCGGCUGGGUGGAGGAAGCGAGGGGGCUUUCGAAAAGCCGUGGCGGUGGGAAUGACGAUGACUCGGACACAGGGUUGAGCUCCAUGCACAGCCAGGAUUCGGAUAACCCGCCUGUGUGCGAGUCGCUGGUGUAACAGGUGGACUGUAGUUGGAAGCACUGGUUGGGACUAUUGCUGAAUGAUAUGGACACAAAUAUUGAUCGAUAAUCACAAUGCACAUCGAUACACCACAGUGUACUUUCAGUGUAUCGUAUUGUGAACACAUGCUGGGACAUGGUUGCAUUAGCCUACAUUAUUGUGGCCAAAAUCAUUGUUGGGUUGGGCCACCCACAAUAACUCUAACCUAAAACAUCUGUGAUUGGUUAGGACGCUCAUAGUACAUGGCGGCUUUUGUGCUUGGGUAGAUUAUAUUCAUCUGCAUAUUGCAGCAAUCAGCAUAGUAAUGAAUGGAUAAAACUGCAAUAACAGUAAAUACACAUUAUACUGUGCAGCCCUAGUAGGAACUCAGGGAACAUUAUGCCUCCGAUGACUCCAUGAAUUCAUGUGUUAUCUCUUUAAGAAAGAGAACCAUUGCAUUGUAAAAUGUAUGUAACGGUAAAUCGUUAACGUAUUUGCCUCACUUAAGCUAUUGGAAUCUGCUUCUAACUGCUACUCAACGAGAAGUUACUAACUAACCAAUGCGCAUGAGAACGUGUGCUGCAUUCCUAGACUUAAGCUGUAACAGGUCUAUAACUGUUAAUAUGUGUUUACCAUAGUCUGUUAAAGGGAAAUUCCACCAAAUUCUCAAAAAUCAUCAACAUUUCUGAAAAGAAAAGUUCUUUCUGAGUGGAUAUUUGUGCAAAAUGGAUCACUGUAUAGAAACAUACAGAGUUUGAUUUCUGAAUUGUGAGAGAUGGUGGUUUUGGUCUAGUUCAAAACCAGUCUUGGAGCAGUCCAUUUAUGGUGAGAAUGUGAUCUAGUCUCGACAUAAUUGAGCUAAAAAGCUGUUCAGUUGCAGUUUAACCUGAUUAAUUACCUAGAUAAUUACUGUAUCUAUAAAUAAAUCCCACCAAAUUCUUAAAAAUCAUAAAAAGUCUGGACAAUUCAGGUCACUCAAAGUGAAGAUUGAUGUGAAGUAGAUAAUUGUGUAGUCAUACAGAGUUUGAUGUAUUUACAGUGGUGGUGAAUGGAACCAGGAAAAGUGACAUCAACAUUUAUUUACUAUCCAGAUUCAGCAGUGAACUUAGACAAGCCAUCUGAAUGGUAUCCACCAUAUUUUUCUUAAUGCUAUCUAUGUAUACUAUGUGCAGGUUAAACCAACACCAGAAUAUCUUUACCCAGAGAAAUGGCUGAUUAUAAAUCUCUGGUGAAGUUAGUGUUGUUGGGUGCUAUUGAAACUCUUAGGCUAUCUUAGCUUUUAGCUUAGCUCUAAAGCUAACAUCUUACCUGCCAGAGUUACUCACCAAAGCACUCAACGCAUCAGUAACAACAGAGCUUUAUAACUAGGUUUUACCGCUACAAAAUGAUGAGAGCAGAUGUAUGGACUAUUAUGUAUGCAGUUAAAUAUACUGCAUACAAUCAUUGCUAAAGCUAUUAAUACAAUAACAUCUCAAAAUAAAAUUAAAUAGCCUGUUACAAUGCUGGGUUAGCAUAGCUUCUACAGCAGGCAUGUAGAAAGUACUGCUCUAUCAAAAAAAAGUGAGUUGAGAAGAAGUUAAUGUGUUUUUUAUGCUCCACACUUAAGUAGAAGUACUAAAGUUACAGAUAAUUGUAACUAGUAACGAUGCAGUGCAUAAACAAUAUAUCAGAGUAAAAGUAUUAAACUCAUCCAAAAUAUGUAGUGAAGUUACAGAUACAGUAUUUUAGUACUUAAGUACAGUAGUGAAGUAAAGCUAAUACUCCAGUCGAUACCGAUACAGCAUUUUAGUAUAAAAGUACAUUAAUAAAGUAAAAAAAUAAUAUAAUAAAACUCAAUUUUCAGUACUUAGUUCUACUUUGUUACUAUACAUCUCUGAAUAUGAUAGAAACAUAAACCAUUUUAUGAAUAACACAAAGGCAGAAAAACGAACUUUUGAAAUAGGGCAUUAAAAAAUAAGGUGAAUAAAAUUAUGGUAAAGUACUGGUAAACCUUGAAAGAAAAUAAUAAAAUUAAUUUGAGUGUGUUCCUCAGAUAAACACACCCCUAUUCGUAUCCCUCUAAACUAAUAUCAGGCAUUGUAUUCAUAACCGUGUUUGUCUAAUAAACCUCUUUUUGAUAAAGUUGUAGAGGUAUUAGACUCUUUAGACAUCCCAUCCAUUCACCACUGCUGUAAACAGAUAUACUGAUGAACUUAGAAAAAAUUCCUCUGUUUCCUUCCACUUUGAAUACAUUCAUAGUGUUAAAAUUUAGAUUUAAUUUCAGAACCAUCUACAAAACUAUGAAAUUGUUUCAUAUCACGAGGUGUAUGUGUAACAGUGUUAUGUUAAUAGCUUUUGUAUGAUGUAGUUUUUUUAUGAUGUAGCACAAUUUGGUCUGGUUAAAACAGACUCUGGUUCGUUUGUAUCCUUGGUGUGGUUUGUUUGGGCAGUUAUGAAAUCAGUAGUAGCACUCAGGUGUGGACCAAAACAACUGCAUUGAGAAUUGCGAGAGGUGGUGGUUUAGUCCAGUUCCAAAACAAUUCUGGAGAGGUUCGUUCCGGUCUCGAUCCGACCCAACUAUCAAAUUUACUUCACACAAUUAAACUAAAAAAGCUGUUCAGUUGCAGUUUACCCUGAUUAAUUACCUGGAUAAUUACCAUAUCCAUGAAGAAACACAGUCUCUGUUGCUAAUCCAUGCUAAGCUGUUUUCACACUAAGCGUGGUAUGUGCAGCGCUCACUGCUCAUGCCCGCGCAACUCUGCUUAAUGUCUCAAAUUCUGUGGCAAAAUUUCUGUGUUCAGUGUAAAAAAACAAAAAACAAAAAAAAAAAAACAGCUUUACACUGUACAACUUUAUGCGCUGGUCCGGAACACAUAAAAACACCUUAAAAAUCGCAAAACAUGUGGUCUCGCUCCAGUACCAAGCAAACUCCAAAUUGAGAAAAUGAUCUGGCCAUGAUCCAACUAUCAUACUAUCAUCAGAUCCAUGAUAAAUUACACACGGUUGUGUGUUAGUCUGGACUACAGGACCUGAUUCCUGUAUUUACUUUUUUGCUCCUUUCCCAGACAAAUGUGACCAAUAAGCAGAGAGAAAAUUCACAAGAGGUCCGUUGUGACAUAUUUUAACGUGCAUGGAUUUUUCUCUGUGUGAAACCAAACCAAAGGGAAAAAUGCUCCAAGUUUAUGAUCUUGUUAACUGAUUUGGACCAGAGCCCACAAACUAUAGGUGUGAAAAUGAUUACAUAUUUUUCACAUAUUUUAGAUGACUGAACAAUUUUGUCAGACCACUCCAAACCUCUCUGAAAGAUUUUUACAGAAAUAUUAAAAACGUAAGUGGAAUUUCCCUUUAGCAGAAGCUGUCAAGUCUGUUGGUUUUUCUGCAACCUAUGUCUCAUGUCACUGUUCCAAUUGUUCCAAUAAAUUAGGCCUAUUUAUUGUAGAAAAAAAAUGACUGCACUGUUCUGCAGAGAUUUAGCAAUCGCAAACACUUUUAUGCUCAAUGUGUCAUCCUGCAAUGUUGUGGAAAUUAAAAUGAUAUUCAU